AUGACCAACAAUAACCCAAGAGCUGGCUGGGAAAAGAUCGGCGACCAAUUCUACCGAAAACUCCCCCUCUAUGAGUCAAUUUUCGACCCGGACCUCGAGCUUGAGAACUACCUGGUAGCUGGUGCGUCUUAUGGUGGAGCUCUCGCAUUAUGGAGAGAUACCACAAAAAUCGCACGGUAUCGAACGGGCCAAUCCACUAAGCCGACCAUCGACAUCUAUUCGUCCUCGGGGAAGCUCAUAAGCAACAUCAACUGGGAAAAAGGUUCGAUCAAAGGUCUCGGCUGGUCUGACGAUGAGAAGCUUUUGGUGGUAACCGAGGACGGUACGGUGCACUGCUAUCUCGGACUACAUGGCGACUUUCAGCCUUUCUCGCUCGGCCAUGGCGCUGAAGAAUAUGGCGUCAAGUCAUGUCGAUUUUGGUCUCACGGAUUCGUCGCUUUACUCGCCAAUAAUGCCUUGAUAGCCGUUUCUUCAUUCGAGGAGCCAAGACCCAGACUCCUUGCCCCAGCGCCGGCAGGCGACGUUCACUCCUGGUCCCUCAUUCCACCGGCCUACACCCUUUCGAGAUCCGUCGAGGUAUUGCUCGCUGUCCACAAGACCAUAUAUGUCGUCGACGUCACCGAGGCAGAAGACAGAGGUCUAUCCGAUGGCCCUUUCAAGCACGUCAGCGUAUCUCCCAAUGGACGAUUUGCUGCACUGUUUACAGAAGACGGCAAAGUUUGGGUGGUGGGAAGCGAUUUCCAGCACACAUACAGUGAAUAUGACUCAAAGGCAAAGACGACACCCACUCAGAUCUACUGGUGCGGAAACGAUUCCGUGAUCCUCGCCUGGGAAGACGAGAUUCACAUGGUGGGACCGAAUGGCACCGCCGCCAAAUACUACUACGACGACCAAGUCCACGUUGUUCCGGACAUUGACGGUGUCCGACUCCUCACCAAUGAAGCAUGCGAAUUUCUGCACAAGGUGCCAGAUCCUCUGGAAGAGGUCUUCAAGCUUGGGUCAACCUCGGCAGCUUCUGUCCUGUGGGACUCGAUCGAAUUGCUGGAAAAAGGAUCUCCGAAAGCGGAUGAGAACAUACAACGCAUCAAACCUCUCUUGCCCGAUGCAGUGGAAACAUGCAUUCGAGCAGCCGGCCAUGAGUUUAACCCCAACCUGCAGAAACAACUGCUCCGAGCCGCGUCGUUUGGAAAAUCGGUUUUGGAUCUUUACAGCAGUGAUGAGUUUGUCGACAUGUGCGACGACCUGAGAGUCCUGAACGCGGUUCGAGACUACCGCAUCGGACUUUACAUGUCCUACGAGCAAUAUAUCAGACUCACGCCCGAGAGGCUGAUUGCACGAUUGGUCAAUCGACGAGAAUACCUCCUGGCGAUGAAACUGUCCGAAUUCCUCCAUCUCCCACUCAACCGAAUCUAUGUCCAUUGGGCAAGCCAAAAGGUUCGAGGAUCCUCUGCCGAUGAUGAUUCGAUGCGAGAGAUGGUGGUGGAUCGUUUACGUGGCAAGCAUGGUAUUUCUUUCGAGACAAUUGCUCGAGCGGCCUAUGAUGAAGGCAGAAGCCACCUGGCCACCACGCUGCUCAACCAUGAGCCAAGAGCAGGAAGACAAGUUCCACUCCUGCUUAACAUGGAAGAAGAUGAAAUUGCUCUGAACAAAGCAAUCGAGUCCGGAGACCCUGAUUUGGUAUUUUUUGUCCUGUUGCACCUGAAGAAGACACUUCCCUUGGCCGCCUUUCUCCGCACGAUCAGUAAUAAACCUGUCGCGGCAGCACUGGUGGAAAGCUCAGCAAGAGCGCAAGACAAGGAAUUGCUCAAGGAUCUGUACUAUCAGGACGACCGACCGGUUGAAGGGUCAAACUUGUUGCUCGAAGAGGCCAUGCAACAGUCUCAGGUUCAAGCUGUUAUUGACAAACUCAAACUCGCUGCCAGAUUGCUCACGGAUGCAAAGAAUCCCACCGCCGUAUUCCAUACCAAAGCCCUGGCGGAGGCUGGUCAGUUACUGAAAAUGCAAGAGGCAUGGGACAAGGACAUGACCGAUAGCAGUGGGAGCUCCGUCGGUUUGAGUGUCAAUGAAACCAUGUUCCGACUCAUCCAGUCUGGACACAGCAAACGGGCAGCCAAGGUCCAAAGCGAAUUCAGAGUCCCCGAGAAGACUUGGUGGUGGCUUCGGCUUCGUGCCUUAACCGCAGCUCGUCUCUGGGGGGAGGUGGAGGAAAUCGGUAAGAACAAGAAAUCCCCCAUCGGAUGGGAGCCGUUCUAUAAUGAAAUUCUCGGGGCAGGCAACACACGUCUUGCUUCUUCGUUCAUCCCGAAAUGCACGGGCCUUCAACCUGCCGAGCGGAUUGAGAUGUGGAUCAAGUGCGGCAUGAUCGUCAAAGCUGGUGAGGAAGCUUUGAAAGCUAAGGACAUGAAUUCUCUGGAAUUGCUCCGAGAUAAAGCCAAUGGGCAGCAACUGGUGGAGAUUGAAAGGAUGCUCACCCAAUUGAGGCCGAGAAAAUAA